CGCAUGUGCGAACGUUUAUACGGCAGAAUAACAUCGUCAGCGGUCAGCCAUUGUCGUCGGAGAUGUGUGAAGGAUUUUUAAUAUAACGUGAUUGCGUCGGAGAGGUGAAGGGAAAAUCACUCGCGUACUCUAGUCGUAUAAAUUGCAUCAGGAUGCAUACGAUGAUACCGGAGUUGGGCGCGGGUGUCCCGGCUUUUCUCGCGAAACUCUGGAAAUUGGUCGAGGAUCCGCAAACCGACGACCUUAUCUGUUGGUCACCCAAUGGCAAGAGUUUUUUUAUUAAAAAUCAAGCGCAAUUUGCAAGGGAAUUAUUACCACAUUAUUAUAAACAUAACAACAUGGCUAGUUUUGUCCGGCAGCUAAAUAUGUAUGGGUUUCACAAAAAGGUGUCCGUAGAACUGGGUGGUCUAAAGUGCGACAAAGAUGAAAUGGAAUUCGCACAUCAGUUCUUCGUCAAAGGUCAACCAUACUUGCUUGAGUAUAUAAAAAGAAAAAUUGCAUCUAGCAAGACUCAAGAUCCGGCGCAUGCUCCUAUUAAACCAGAACUAAUGACCAGGGUGUUAGCGGAAGUAAGACAUAUGAGGGGCCGACAGGAUACUUUGGACACCAGGCUGAGUACGAUGAAGCACGAAAACGAGGCGUUAUGGAGGGAAUUAGCAUUGCUAAGACAGAAACACAUGAAGCAACAGCAAAUCGUUAACAAACUCAUUCAUUUCCUCGUUGCUUUCGUGCAACCAUCGAGGACAGGUGGUUUGUCUGUCAAGAGGAGGUAUCCACUAAUGAUUGACGAUUCGAGUCUGUCGCGCAAACGGAGCAAAUUGUCAAAGCCACAAGCGUCUCCUACAGGACCGGUGAUUCACGAACUCGACGCAUCAGAACCUGAUUUGGAUUCAGAAUAUAUUGUUGCUGAGAUGCUGGAAAAUGAAACUCCGUCUAUCCACAGUCCACAGGAACAUAUUGAAGAAUUGAUAGACGAUGACAAUAUAGAAACAGUUGAGCCAGCUUACUCCGUAAAUUCAAAAGACGAGAUGGUCACUCGACACGAGAUUGAUGCGAAGAAGAAACGUGUUAGCAAGGGCAAGAAGAGGAGGAAAAGCAAGGUGCCUGUCAAACUUUUAAUUCCACCAUUGGAAAAUGGAGAUAAACCAAGGGAGGAACUGUAUUUGCUUGAAAUGCCCGCGGAAAAACCGUCCGCGAUCAAAUCUCUGUCGAACAAGUCAGUUAGCUCGACGAAAUCAAUACCAAUGGCAACUAUGCGUAGUUCUAAGCUCGCAGCGAUGGCAGCGAAUAUCAAUAAAUCUCCAGAUGCCGAGGAAGUUUCACUCGAAGAUGAUACGGAGACUUCGGACAAUGAUGCGGAGGUUUCGCCCGCUCUUCUAAAGCUGGAAGACAUCCUAAUUGUUCCGGAAAUAAUCGACCACAACAGUGUACAAAAUGAUAAGAAUAGAACGAGCAAGGACACGGUAAAUAAGGAACUUCGUCAAACGGCUGGUGGCAAAAGUAUUUGGAUGACAAACAAAGAUGAAGAACGCAACGAGGCUGCAACGUCGAAAUUGAAGCAUGGGCAACAAGAUGCCAGUGGGGCGAGCACGAGUUCGUCGAAAGAUUUAUCUUUGACCUGUGUCACUCCCUCUGGCUUAUGUGAAACUAAUUACAGGUCAGAAUCGACGGAGCGUAUGGAUAAUCAUUUGGAAACGAUGCAAAAUGAUCUGGACAAUCUACGUGAUAUUUUACAAGGUGAAGGUUAUAAUCUUGAUGCUAACACCCUUCUUGGAGUAAGUAUAAUGAAUGGAUUAUUCGGUGCAGAUGAUCCUAUGACAUUUGAAUUACCUGUUAAUCCAGAAUUAAAUCCCAAUUGUGAAGAUGAUAAUGAUCAUACAGGCUCUGUCAACCGACAUCCGGCGGGUGGUGAACUUAUGGCAUAUAAUCCUGCAUCUACCCUACUAGAUUUUGACGAUGACAUCUUCUUGGGUAAUGCAUCGUCUUCGCUAUCGACACCUACACCGGAUUUAUCCGGAGUGAACAAUCUUUGCACUGUAGAUUCUUCAGAUCCCUUAGGGUUGGGGGAUAGUAAAGCUUCACUUCUCGAGUCUCUAGUAACAAAUAGUACCAAUCCAAAAUCGUAAACACUGUUAUCAGCGCCUUUUUGAUGGGAACCACUCCAGGAUUCUUAAUUACCUAAACAAAAUGCUAAUACGAAGGGUAGAAUAAAGCGCGCUGCUACUAACUCUGCGUCGUUUACUCUCAUAUUCAAAGUAAAAAUAGUACUCGCUGCGAUAAUUAAAAUUACCUAAUUCGCGAAAACGAGACAUGGCAUAAUGAUGAAAUUAGAGAUCUAACGGAGUAAUUUUAAUAUUAAAAAUAAUGAACGCGCGCUAUUCAAGACUCUGCGAAUUAGUGAGUAUAAAAUUUUGAUGCAAAAAAAUAUUCACACAUAUAUAUAUACACACACACAACACACUCACACGUUUGUUUGUACAUAAUUAGAAAUAAUUUUCUUUUUGGAAAUACGUUGUUUUGUAAAAAAAAAGGAGUAAAACAUAGAAUAUAAAAGAUGAUAACAUCUUUUCGCAUAAUGUGUGGAGUAACUCGGAUAUACAAAAGUUUGGCAGAUCUGGCACACAUACUUUGGAAAGAGAAAAAAAUUCGUCUUCACUUAAAUAUAUUUUUUUUAUUCCUUUAUAACUGUUAAUUAUCUUCCUGUGGUACAAGGUAAAACGUAAAAAGGUGAUAGUGCAAGCUAAGAUUUCAGUGUUUCAUACGCAAAGUAUAAUGCUUUCAAGUCGUUAAGCAACAUCGAAUUCUCAUGUAAUUAAUAAUGAGAUUCGAAGCGUCUCUUUCACUGUGCAGAAUUUUCUUAUCUCGCAGCUUGAAGCACCUUGAUCAAUAUGUCUAUAAUACGCAAUAUAUAUAUAUAUAUAUAUAUAAGAUACGAAAUUAUAUAUACUAUCCAGUAAAUGUGAAAAAAAUGUUCUACUACACGCUAUUUUAAACAAGAAAUAUUGUUUUGCUUAUCGAAUCUGUGCAUCAUCAAACAUCCUACACAUUUAAUUCCAUUAGAGAAAUAACUGCAGAUUAAAACACUGAAAUCUUAUUCUUGAACCUCUAUUAAUAAGCUAAAGAAUUGCGUUCUUACAUUGGGAUGCACCAACCUACCCGAUGCUCCAAGUUACUUGGCUGUUUACCUUCGCCUAACGUUUAUUCGUGUAUCUGCAGUGGAUCGAUUAAGAGCUCGAAUUAAGCAUUAAGCUCGAAUACACGGGAAAACUAUAACUACAUAUUACUGUAUUUUCAUCACGUUAACGCGCGUGUGCGUUUUAAUUUGAUUUAGAAAUAAGUAGAUAGAGAUUUUAUAUUCACCGGAAGGGCAAAGUUUAGGCGUAUUAUUUUUGAAACUAGUGAAAGGAGUUGUGUAAUUUCUAUAUUUAGUAAAGUGUCAUGUACAUUUUUCCGUUUACGAAGGCUUAAAUUUUAUUAUUUGGAGCUUUAAGUUUCGAAUGUUGUGAGCAUAAUGUUUUAAGGGUAUGUACAUUUAUUUUUAACGGACUAUUAAUUAUUAAUAUGUGCGGAGGAUUAAUUAUGUCAAAGUAAUCAAUCAUUGUUGGCCAUUCGUGCAUUUUUCUUUAUGUGAAAUCGAACAGUACCUACUAAUCGUUUACAUCAAUAUCAAAUUUACUGAUAAGAAAUAUUAACGGUCGAGUGUUCUCACUCAAAGAAAUGAUGUAUAUGUCGUAGUUGAUACUGCCCUGUCACCGUGAGAUCAAAAGAUGUUCAUAGUUUAUUUGAGGAUAUAAGGCGCAGCGGUUGAAAGCAAGAUGAAAUUAUCCAGUAUCGAAUUUGGUGAUAAUAGAUUAGUUUAUUGAUCGCACCUGAUACAAUAAAGAAAACGAUAUAGUUCUGUUUUAGAGAUAACUGGGGGCCAGUUGGGGAGAACGAUUAUUUAUUAGCGGACAGAAACAACUUUUUAUCACGUUAAUAAUUCUCGAUAUUUCAUGAAUCCGUAAAUCAGUAUGGCCGUCGUUUAUUUAGUUGAAGCGGAUGUAGUACGUUGAACUACUUGAAAGAUUAAUUAAUCAACGUUACGAGAGAAAGUUCUAUGUGCAGAAUUUAUAAUAUGUAAGGCUCGCACGUAUAUUAGUUUUCAUGAUUGGUAUAUAUCUGUUAGCAAUGAUUCUUUGUAAUUAAGUUCGUGAUAAAUGUAGCUCCAAGUCACUAACGGAAUAAAGAUACUUUUACUACCA